AUGAUAAGUGGUGUUACAGCUGCAAUUCGUGGACAGGAGCCGUUGGGGUCUGACGCCAGCGAGGAGGCUGCGCGCGCGGAGAGGAGACGACGCCAGAGGCUCGCCCAGGAGGAGUUCCGGCUGAAGCAAAUCCUCAAGCAGAAGACUGGCACUGACGACGACCGAACACUCUGCAAAGACAACAGCAGCCUGGACAGCCUGCUGAUGGCGAUACCGUCGCAGGACAUCGUCAUCGAGGAGACUGGCAGCACCGACGCGCCGGCGAAAAGGAAGUCCCCCGCGCCAGAAAGCGGCAACACCAAACGGAGGGGCAGCCUCGCGAACAAGCUCGACAUCGUUACGAAA